AUGCCGGGAUACCACGUCACUCCCCUUUACGGAGGUGCGAUUGUUUGCGACAUACCAGAGAAGUUUGCCGAUGUCAGCAAACUACGUCAAGUGCCAGAUAACCAAGAGGUAUGGAUCGAUAAGGACGGAUAUACCAGCAUUAUCUUUGAUAUUACAGAGCGAGUCGGCGAGCCGGGACAUGGCCCCGAGAUCGAUGGUCGCGCAAUGACUACACACCUAGAAGACAUGGUAGGGUCAGAUAUUGAUACUGUAAAGAUCUGGAAUACCGCAGAAACUGAGUUUUCUCGCCUCGAGUCGAAACCCCCAGCGUACACGCUCAUCGCUACCCAGACCCCAAGGACCGGGCAAUCUCGUCAAGGCGGCUCGCCACCAGACUUCACAGCUAUCAUAAUGACUCUGUUGCGGCUGGAGAAAUACAAAUCAGAUAUUCUCAUUACAAUCAAUGUGCCGCAUAUAAAAGGGGAGUAUGACGAAGACGAGGUUGACCUAGAGCUUGGCAAGCAGGGUAAGCUGAUUGGAGAUGCCGUGGAAUACUCGGCUCGGAUCUGGGAAUCGCUUAAGAUCAAAGACUGGGGUCUAUUUGGAGAAUCGUAA